GUCGGAUUCUAGCAGAUUAAAUCCCCCUCGCCCAUGCUCCCCCAUGAACCUCAGAUGACCUUCUUUGCUGUUCUCGCUUCCUGCUUUCACAGACUUGAAGUACAGCUUGCUGGACGAUGCGCAUCUCAGAACACGCGCGCACGCGGAGUCACUCCAGAGGCCCUGCAGCAAGAAGGACCCACUCUAUAUCGUCGGACACUCCCUGCGCGAUUACACUGUACCCCCAACCACGAAUCAUUGAAGAGGAGUAGAUCGACGUUGAAGGGCGUACAUCCAUGAUCGUACAUCUGGCCCGCUACCCACUCACCUUCCUC